UCUGAUGAGUGUUGCCAUUGAAGGAAGAAGUGUUUUCGAUCAGCUCUUUCAAAGUGAACCCAGAGGAGGGUAUUAUUAUCCAACAGCAUCACAGCAGGGUUACUACGUACAACCUCAAAGAUCCCGAGACCGACCAGAGCAGCAGCAGCAUCACCGAUCCUAUAAGGAUAUUUGCCGCAUGGUCAACACAAAUGGCUUCUCAAAUCCUGGCAAUAUUCCCCGAUGUCCUUACUAGAUUAAGUGACUUGUUUUUAUUGAAAUUGUGUUGCC